AUGUCGAGCACAUACACGUGUAUAACAUGCCAAGUGAUUUUUAAAACGGCUGAUCUACAACGUGAACAUUAUAAACUAGAUUGGCACAGAUAUAAUUUAAAAAGAAAAGUAGCUGGUAUUCCUCCAGUGACAUUGGAAGAAUUUGAGCAAAGAGCUAAAGAACAUAGAGAACAAGCACAAAAUGUUGAACGCGAUGAGUCCGCAUACUGUAAAUAUUGCUCAAAAUCGUUCAAUACCAAAAAUGCUUUCAAUAACCAUUUAAAUAGCAAGAAGCACAAGUUGGCUGAAGAAAGAAAUUUGUCUGAUGUGCCUAAAUGCCCUGAGAAAGUAGAAGAAGAAAGUCACACUGACUCAAAUAGUUUUGAGAAAAUUGAUAUAACACCCAAUCAAUCUAGUGAGCUUGUUGUUAUUAAUGCAGAGAAUUCUAGUGAAGACGAAAUUGACACCGACUCUGAAAUUGAAGAGCUUGACUCUGAUGAAUGGGAAGAAUGUCGCAUCAAGGGUAGUGACUCUCUUAUCCAUCAAUAUGACUGCCUGUUUUGUGGUCAUCACAGCCGCAGCAUAGUCAAGAAUUUGGAACAUAUGGGUGUAAAGCACUCAUUCUUUGUGCCCGAUGUGGAAUACUGUGUGGAUAUGAAAGGUCUUCUCUUAUAUUUAGGAGAAAAGAUAUCUCAAGGAUUUAUGUGUCUAUGGUGCAAUGAAGCCGGCAAAACCUUUUACUCGAUGGAGGCAGCUAGAGCUCACAUGAUAGAUAAAGGACACUGUAAAAUGCUGCAUGAAGGUCUUGCCCUAGCUGAAUAUUCAGACUAUUAUGACUAUAGUUCAUCAUAUCCUGACAAUGAAGAUGGCGAGAAUAUGGAUGUGGAUGAGGAAGUUGAAGGUCCUACACCAUUGGACACGAGUUAUAUGGAGCUGGUACUGCCAUCAGGCAUCACAGUAGGACAUCGGUCACUUAUGAAAUAUUACAAGCAAAAUCUGUCUUAUGAUAGUCGGGCUUUAGUAAAGAAAUCUGAUCGCAAACUUCAUCGUGUUCUGGGAGUUUACAGAGCAUUGGGAUGGUCUCCAAAGGAGCGGGCGGAAGUUGCCAAGAAAGCUCGUGAUAUUCACUUCAUGAAACGGGUGCAAUCUAAGUGGCAGAUGAAGAUGUCCAUGAAAAACAAUAAGUUCCAGAAACAUUACCGACCACAAGUCAUUUUCUAA